GAAGAAAAAUUUAAUAUUCAUUGCCUAGACAGUCAUCGCAUUCCCUGAAAUUCGCGUGGGAUUACUCAACCUUUCGACCACGACAAAAUCAGAAAUUUCUUCUUCUUCAUUUUUUGUUCUCGAUUGAUUUUUCAAAAAAUGGACAUCUUGUUUAUUCUCCCGGAUAACCUUCAUAAGUUGGCGGCCUCGGCGAUAUGACAGUGGAGAAGGUUCAAGUGAAAUAGCGAGUGUGAGCAGAUCGGAGACGAAAGAAGAAUAUGGAGGCUAAGGCCAGAGCUCCCGGGAAGAUUAUUCUCUCCGGCGAACACGCUGUGGUGCAUGGAUCUACUGCUGUUGCCGCUUCAAUUGACUUGUACACCUAUGUAUCUAUCCGUUUCCCCACUCCUUCUGACAACCACGAUAUGUUGAAACUCCAGCUCAAGGACAUGGGAUUAGAAUUUUCCUGGCCAAUUAGUAGAAUUGCAGAAGUUCUGCCAGAAUCUGGUAGUCAACCCUCUUCAGUGCCUGUUUCAUGCUCUGUCGAGUCUUCCAAAUCAAUUGCAGCGCUAGUUGAAGAACAAAAUAUUCCAGAGGCAAAAAUUGGACUUGCUUCAGGAGUUUCAGCCUUUCUCUGGUUGUAUUCAUCUAUUCAACGAUUUAAGCCUGCUACAGUGGUGGUCACUUCUGAACUUCCCCUGGGUUCAGGCUUGGGUUCAUCAGCAGCUUUCUGUGUGGCCCUGGCAGCUGCCCUGCUUGCUUGCACUGAUUCUGUUCGUUUGGAUGUGAAUGGCCAAGGAUGGUUGUCAUUUGGAGAAAAAGAGCUUGAAUUGGUUAAUAAAUGGGCUUUUGAGGGUGAGAAGAUUAUUCAUGGGAAGCCAUCUGGAAUUGACAACACAGUAAGCACUUACGGCAACAUGAUCAGCUUCAGAUCUGGUAACUUGACGCACAUGAAGUCAAAUAUGCCACUAAAAAUGCUCAUAACUAACACCAAAGUAGGGAGGAACACAAAGGCAUUGGUGGCUGGUGUUGCUGAGAGGACACUAAGGCAUCCGGAUGCAAUGUCUUUUGUGUUCAGUGCUGUUGAUGCUAUCAGCAAAGAAUUGGCUCAGAUUAUCCAGUCACCCACACCAGAUGACCUCUCCGUCACCGAGAAAGAAGGGAAGAUAGAAGAGCUUAUGGAAAUGAAUCAAGGCUUGCUCCAAUGUAUGGGGGUUAGCCACACUGCUAUUGAAACUGUUCUUCGGACAACGCUUAAAUACAAGCUGGCCUCCAAAUUAACAGGAGCUGGUGGUGGAGGCUGCGUUCUGACUCUGCUGCCUACCUUGCUUUCAGGAACUGUUGUUGAGAAAGUAAUGUCUGAACUGGAGUCUUGCGGGCUCCAAUGUUUCACUGCCGGAAUAGGCGGGAAAGGUGUUGAAAUUUCCUAUGGGGUUCCAUCCUGAUUCCUUUUUGUUUCCAGGCAGCGAUUUGACAUCAGUUAUCAAUUGAUCUUUCAAAUAAAUAGCAUGAAAUUAUGUGCUUCUUUGUACCUUCAUGUGCCUCGGCUUGUAGUUCAUUGUUUUUUGUCUUGUUUCCGUUCUCUACAGAUUUUCGUUGCGACUAGUGCUCUGUCACUAUCUUAUAAGCAGUUGGUGGAUAGUCGGUGUUUCCCAAUUUCGUCAAGUCCACUUUCUAAAGAUUUUUAGGCCGCG